AUGGAACUCAACCGAGAACGUUUUCGCGCCAUAAUUUAUUACAACUUUCAGAGACAAUUAUCGCAACAAGAAUGCCUUGCUGAGUUACUGUCUGUUUUCGGCAACGAAGCGCCACAUCAGUCGACAAUUUCCCGUUGGUAUGGAGAAUUCAAACGUGGACGGGUGAGUCUUAGCGACGAUUCCAGGCUGGGUGCACCAAAAACGGCAGUCACCGAGGAAAACGUCGAUGUUGUGCGCAAACUCAUCAUUGAAGAUAGACAUGUGACAUAUCGCGACAUUGAGGCGUCCUUGAAGAUCUCAAAGACCUCAAUUCAAACAAUUUUACAUGAAGAAUUAGGAGUAAGAAAAUUAGUUCCUCGUUGGAUACCCCACCUGUUGACCGAAGAGCAGAAAGUAGCCAGGGUUAAUGGGUGUCAAAAAACGCUUGACCGUUUCAAUUCCGGAAACUCAAAAAAUGUGUACAGCAGUGUUAGUGGUGAUGAAACGUGGAUUUACUAUUAUGAACCAGAAAAUAAACGACAGUCGGCUGUUUGGGUGUUCCAAAGUGAAGAAAAGCCAACAAAAGUCAUCCGUUCUCGAAGUGUUUCGAAAAAGACGGUCGCGAUAUUUGUGUCAAAAGCGGGUCAUAUUGCAACAAUUCCUCUUAAUGAGCAAAGAACUGCUGCUGCGGAUUGGUAUACCACCAUUUGUUUGCCAAAAGCCAUCACCGAGAUUCAAAAAAUCAACCCCGAAAGAAGAAUCAUCCUCCACCAAGACAAUGCAAGCUCGCACACAGCCCAAAAAACAAGGCAGUAUUUAACGGAAGUAAAUCCCGAUCUAAGUCCUAACGAUUUCUUUACUUUUCCGAAAAUUAAAAACAGACUGCGAGGUCAAAGGUUCCAGUCACCAGAAGAAGCACAGUGGAAUAAGUGCUUAGAAAAUUGGUUCGAGCGCAUGCAGACUACCCGCAAAUUGGAAACUGUGUGUGGUGUUAGUCGACGUACUGUCCAACGGAUUCUAAAGGCCCAUAGUUUUCAUCCGUAUAAAAUUCACCUGAUAUGA